AUGCUCCUAGAUUUUCUGCGCCUGAAGACAACCUUGUUUCCAAAAGCUAUGAUGUUUAUUUCUCAAUGGAUUUGGCGUUGUAAAGGAGGGCAAAUGAGAAACGACUUUUGGAAGCAGCACCGCCAGGGGGUGCCAAUUUGUGCAUCUAUGGUUGAAAAAUGUGGUGUCUGCGGCAUCACCGGAAUUAUGUUGCCUCAGCCAGUUGAAGAGACGAAACAACGUGUCGUCCCACGUGAGGCAAGCGCCUUGAUGGAGUCUUUAACACGUGAGCCUCACUACAACUUUUCGAGGCGACUAGGUCUUGCCUUGCUAUCACCUCACGCCAUGGCUUUUCCUGGUCCUAUUUCUACAACAGUACCUGCUGGCAGUUUGGGCAUUCGAAAUAAACAGGCUCACGCGUACUUAUUUUACCCGGAUAAGUCACUGCUUUCUCAUCUGGCACUUGAGCGGCUUGCUGCUCUAGAAGAAUGUCGAGAUCUUGGACAAGGUUUUCAACUUGCAGAAAGAGACAUGGGCAUUAGAGGCUUUGGGAAUAUCUUCGGAGAGCAGCAAACAGGGGAUGUUGGAAAUGUUGGGAUUGAUCUUUUCUUUGAAAUGCUUUUUGAGAGUCUGUCCAUGUUUGAUCUCGAUUUGAACCCCCAUCUCCCUUCUGAAUACAUAAAUCAUAUGGACAAUCCCUUGGAAAUAAUUAAUGAAGCAGAGAAUGCUGAUCAAAGAGACAUCUGGAAUCUAGUUCUCUUUACUGAGGAUCUGCGCCGCCAUUAUGGAAAAGAGCCUUACUCCAUGGAAAUUCUUUUGAAGAAGCUAUAUAUAAGAAGAAUGGCGGCAGAUUUAGGAAUUACUGAAAUAUACACUUCAGGUAAGAUGGUGGGCAUGAAAACAAGCAUGAGUGAAAAGGUUUUCAAGAUGAUGAAGGAUUCAAUGCCAUCUGAAACACACCGAAGCUCCAUUGUCUUCGAGGAUGGUUCAAUCAAGGCUGAGCUACUUCUGGAAUUACCAAGAGAACAGUUGCUGGAGUGGAUUUUUCGUUGCUUAGCCGAACUCUAUGCAUCACUACCCGCGUUGAUAAAAUACUAA